AUGUGGAUGAUGGGUUACAACGAAGGAGGUGCUGAUUCCUUCAACGGAGGAAGAAAGCUUCGUCCUCUCAUCCCACGCCUCUCUUCUUUCCCUACUGCCGCCGCAAACACCAACUCUGACCACCGCUUUAAUAUGGCAGUGGUGACAACAAUGACUGCGGAGCAGAACAAGAGGGAGCUGAUGAUGCUAAACUCAGAGCCUCAACAUCCACCGACAAUGGUGAGCUCACGGUGGAAUCCGACACCUGAUCAGUUAAAGGCCCUUGAAGAGCUUUACCAACAAGGAACAAGAACUCCUUCGGCCGACCAUAUCCAACAAAUCACCGCCCAGCUACGACGGUACGGGAAGAUCGAAGGCAAAAACGUUUUCUAUUGGUUCCAAAACCACAAAGCCCGAGAACGUCAAAAACGGCGACGACAGAUGGAAAAUGGCCACGAUGAAUCAGUCUUUACGACAACGAAUCUUGUCUCAAACCAAGGAUUCGACAAGAAAGAUCCACCAGGUUACAAGGUUGAACAGACCAAGAACUGGAUAUGUUCGGUCGGUUGCGACACACAGCAAGAGAAACCUCAUGACCAUCAGCAUCAGGAGGAACCUAUCUCAGUACCGAUGGUAGCAACGAAACGCAAUGGUCGUCAUGGAGGAGACGAGAUACAAAGCUUUCCUGUGAGAAAUUCCAUGUGGCAGAUGAUGCAGCUGCCACCUGGACGCUACCCUUCUUCACAACAUCAUCAUCAACAAAUCAAUCUCAACGCAACUACAGUUUCGUCAAACUUGUCUACUAGCAGCAGUAACGUUCCCGCGGCUAAAGAUACAGUCACAUUUUCACCUUUAUUUCCAAGGACAAGAGCAGCAAGGAACACAGAGACUUGUGAUGAUAAUAAAGAUCAAGAACAACAUGAAGAUUGCCUAAACGGUGAACUGGAUCAUCAGGAACAGACACUAGAGUUGUUUCCGUUGAGAAAAGAAGGUUUUGUUAGCAGUGGUGGGGAUGGUGGGAAAGAGAAAGAGGGUGACAAUCACUGCUUUUAUGAGUUUCUUCCGUUGAAGAACUAG